AUGCAAGAGCUUACUUCCACAAUCAUGUCUCGUUCCUUCCUCCCGACCACUUCUCCUCGGCUUCGACUGCGGCCAAGAUCAUUGGUUCGCAUGACCGUUUGCAUUGAUCAGUCACGCAAGGAGAAAGUGGUUGUCAUAUUGGGAGCCACCGGGACAGGCAAGUCACGCCUCUCAGUUGAUCUAGCAACCCGUUUCUCCGGUGAGAUCAUCAACUCUGACAAGAUCCAAUUCUACAACGGCUUGGAGAUCGCCACAAAUCAGAUCACAAUACCUGAGCGAUGUGGAGUCCCUCACCAUCUACUCGGAGAGCUUGCUCCGGACAGUGAACUAACAGCUUCCGAAUUCCGCACUUUGGCGUCACGGUCGAUCUCUGAGAUAGCCUCUCGUGGGAAGCUCCCGAUAAUAGCCGGUGGAUCAAACUCCUUCGUCCAUGCGCUCCUUGUCGACCAUUACAACCGUGAAACCAAUCCAUUCGCUUCUGGAUCGAAGAUUUCUUCCGAGUUGAGGUACGAUUGUUGCUUCCUGUGGGUGGAUGUCUCGGUCUCGGUUCUGUUCCACUACCUCUCGAAGCGUGUCGACCAAAUGAUGGAGUCGGGGAUGUUCGAGGAGCUCGCCGGUUUCUACAAACCUAGAGAUUCCGGUAAGACGGCCCAAACCGGGAUUCACAAAUCCAUAGGAGUACCGGAGUUCGAUAGGUACUUUGAAGUGUAUCCGCCGGAGAUAAACGGCAAAAUGUGCGAGUGGGAUCCAGAGAGAAAGGCGGCGUUCGACGAAGCAGUGCAGGCGAUCAAAGACAACACGUGGCUGCUUGCGAAGAAGCAGAUUCACAGGAUCAUGACGCUGAGAAGCAGCGGUUGGGAGAUCAAGAGGUUGGACGCUACGUCGUCGUUGAGAGCAUCAUCAAGGGAGGUUUAUGAGAAGAACGUUUUGGAGGAAAGCGUCAAGAUUGUAAAUCGCUUCUUCCUCAAAGUCUAG